AUGGCCACCAAACCGCCUCAGGACACUUCCGGGCUAGGCUAUUCGUACGUAACUCCCGGUGGAAUAUUCCUGAGGGUAAAAAAUACGCUCUCGCAGUUCAGUGAUUUGUUCAGUGAGUUUAACAAAUAUAUUGCACCGGCCUACUAUCACGACCGCUGUGAACGAUCCGUCCAUAUGCGACUAUAUUCGAUGAACAAGCGUGAAUUCGUGGUUGUAUUUCUGGCGUUACUUGCUUGCUUCGGGUUGGCUGUUUUCAUCGGAUUAGCAGGUCCACCGAUAACAGUAACUACCAUGGUCACAGGAAGCUCGCUGAUGCCAAAUACAACCGGUUCGGGGGGAGGUGGGGCGGAUUAUCUAGCUAAUGGCCCGUUUGUGAUGCGAACUCCCCUGAUGACGACGUAUUCGCAGCAGCUGUGGUUGAUUGCAAGCAUCGAGACGGACAAUAACGACGAUGAAAUUUUCGAUAAAAGCUUUCACGUUAGUGUCGCCAUCGAUGGUCUCACCAUGGAACACAAACCGACGACUAUUCUACGAGCGGAGCACGGGAAGAACCGUACGCGGCAUCUCAGCUGUUCGCGGAAUGCCUGCGAGGAGUUCAUAGUGCUGCAUCUAGGAUUUUUGGACUAUGCACACUACAUAAUAACCGUUCGGUUCUAUGGGUUGGAGAGCUUCCAUCACCGAUACAACAUCAAUAGUGUGCAGUUCUACUUCAAGACGUAUAAUCCGGCUUUCACUCAGAUUGAGAUUUGGUUCCGGUUUAUAUUUCUAUUGUUUACAUUUAUUGUGACCUGCUGGUUCGCACAUACUUUGCGCAAAUAUCCCAUCUACGAUUGGUCGAUCGAGCAGCGGUGGAUGUCGAUUCUGUUACCAUUGUUGCUGCUCUACGACAAUCCCAUCUUUCCGUUAAUUUUCCUGGUAAACAGCUGGCUUCCGGGUAUGAUCGACGCCAUCCUGCAGGCGACUUUCCUCUGCGGGCUGCUUCUGUUCUGGCUGUGCAUCUAUCAUGGACUUCGGCAGAACGAGCGGAAAUUGCUAACCUUCUACGUGCCGAAGCUGAUCGUCCUCAUGCCGCUGUGGUUGUGCGCCAUCGUGCUGGCCACCUGGGAGAAGUGCAACGAGAUGAAAGAUCCUACCUACAGCCACUUCGUGGAUACCGGAAACUAUAGUGGAUUCAAGACAUUUUUCUACAUCUCCGGAGCCAUGUACCUGCUCUAUUUGCUGUUGUUGAUUUUGCGGGCAUACAGCGAGCUUCGAUCAAUGCCUUAUUUCGACAUGCGCCUAAAAUUCCUGACUCUGCUAAUGCUGUUUGUGCUACUGAUUACCUUGAUCAUUACCAUGUGUCGUUUCGGUUUCGGCAUCCUGGAGGAUAAUUUUGUCGCACAGCUGAACACAACGUACAAAAGCUCUGCCCAAUUUAUGGGCUUCUAUGGACUGCUGAAUUUUUAUCUGUACACAAUGGCGUACGUGUACUCACCGAACGGUAAACCCUUGCAUGAAGCAACCAUCACAAAGGAUAACCCAGCGUUUUCAAUGAUUAACGAUUCGGACGAAGAGGUGGUGUACGGAUCGGACGAAGAAAGCCGGCGACCGCUGAACUCUUCCUGCGGCAAAGGAAAUGACUACGACAGUGACUAGAGGCAGAAUUGGGUGCUUCCAAUCUACAGAGUGUAGAAUAUGAAAUGAAUGAACUUUGGUUUGGGAUUCCAAAUUAGUGGAAGCUCGACUCGGAAGGUCGGCAC